AUCUAAAAAAGUAAUUCUUUAUUUAAAUUACUUAUACUUUACAAAUAUUAAUUAUAAGAGCAUUUAGAACAAGCUGGGAGAGAUGAAGGGAAAUUAUCCAAUUGCACCAUUCUAAGAUAACAACUAGUGUUUUUAUAUUUUCUGUAAUAAUCUUACAUGUACAUUUUUUAUAUUGUUUUUAAAACAGAAAAUAAUAUAAUUGUAAAAUCAAAUUGUCUAAAUUGCAGAAGCUUUUGAUUUCCAUUUACUUUAUGUAUCAUCAGCGAAGCAUCAUCUAUCAUUGGUAGACUAAAGUUAUAUGGUGUUUUUAAUUAGUAUGGUUUAACUAUAUUCCCCAGGAUAUCUGAGCACAGAUGAAGGAUAUUUUUUAAAGAAGCUACAAACUUCAUGAAUUAAAUUGUAAAAGGAUCAAAAUUAAGAUUCUAUGCUCAACCUUUUAAUAGACGUGCUAGUAAGCUUCUGCUACAUUUAUUUUGAAGAAUAACUGUCAACACUGGUGUGGUCUGGUUGUAAAUAUUUUUUUCAACAAAAUAGUUAAAUGGAAAAAUUAACCUGUCUUUUGAGUCCUAGAUCAUUUUGGGCAGAAUAGACACUUCAUUUCUUAGUCCUGUUUGUUACCACCAGUGGGGAGAAGUUUGGUUGGCGUUGGCGUAGAUUCUCUCCUCUUUGAUUCAGUUCUAAUAGUUAUGCACGAGUACGAGCUGUGGUGAUGACCCGGGAUGACUCAAGUGGUGGAUGGUUACCACUUGGAGGGAGUGGACUAAGCUGCGUCACUGUCUUCAGAGUCCCUCAUCAGGAAGAGAAUGGCUGUGCUGACUUUUUUAUCCAUGGAGAGCGACUCAGGGACAAAAUGGUGGUUUUGGAAUGUAUGCUUAAAAAGGACCUCAUUUAUAAUAAGGUCACUCCAACAUUUCACCACUGGAAGAUCGAUGACAAAAAGUUUGGCCUUACCUUUCAAAGUCCGGCUGAUGCUAGAGCUUUUGAUAGAGGGAUUCGAAGAGCGAUAGAAGAUAUUUCUCAAGGAUGCCCAGCAUCAAAAAAUGAAGCUGAAGAACCAGAAGAUGACUUACAAGCACCUGAAGAGGAUACUUCGAGUUCUCUAGUGAAAGACCACCUUUUCCAGCAGGACACAGUUAUUACCAGUGAACCUUAUAGAAGCUCAAAUAUAAGACCUUCUCCAUUUGAAGAUCUGAAUGCCCGAAGAGCCUACGUGCAAAGCCAAGCCAAUCAGGCCCUGUGCUUAGAAUUGGGAUCCACAGGAAAAUACACCAUGGUCUGUUCUACAGGAGUUCCUGGUGAGAUAACAUUCAGUCAGCCAGGCCUAGACAUUCAGAGCAGAGGUAUGGAAUAUGUACAACGGCAAAUAUCCAAGGAAUGUGGAAGCCUAAAGUCCCAAAAUAGAGUUCCAUUGAAAUCAAUCAGACAUGUCAGCUUUCAAGACGAGGAUGAGAUUGUCAGAAUAAACCCUCGAGAUAUCUUAAUACGGCGCUAUGCAGACUACAGACAUCCUGAUAUGUGGAAAAAUGACUUGGAGAGAGAUGAUACUGACACCAGUAUUCCGUUUUCAAAACCAGACAGUAAAAAAUCUGACUAUCUGUACUCUUGUGGUGAUGAGACUAAGUUAAGUUCACUCAAAGACUCUGUGGUAUUUAAGACACAGCCUUCCUCAUUAAAAUUUAAGAAGUCAAAACGAAGAAAAGAGGAUGGUGAACGUUCUCGUUGUGUAUACUGCCAGGAAAGGUUUAAUCAUGAAGAAAAUGGCAGGGGGAAAUGUCAGGAUGCUCCAGACCCUAUUAAAAGAUGCAUAUAUCAAGUGAGUUGCAUGCUCUGUGCAGAGAGCAUGUUGUAUCAUUGUAUGUCAGACUCAGAGGGAGAUUUUUCGGAUCCCUGUUCAUGUGACACUAGUGAUGACAAGUUCUGCUUACGAUGGUUAGCCCUGGUAGCUUUGUCUUUCAUUGUACCAUGUAUGUGCUGCUACGUCCCUUUGAGAAUGUGCCAUCGCUGUGGUGAGGCAUGUGGGUGCUGUGGCGGGAAGCAUAAAGCUGCUGGGUGAGAGGAUCCAGUGCCAAAAGGAGCUUAAAAUCUUUGUUGCCAGGAAUUAGCUAGCUUGGAUUUGUGGAAGCUUUUGGCAAGCAGUAUGGAAUCUUGCCUGGUAUCCCUGGGGCCACACUUGGAGGAAGCAGAACUCUGCAGUUCUUGGCAUUUCACAAAUGCUAGCCAUGCCUAACUUUUUCUCUUCAGUGCGUGGCGCGUUUUGUUACAGGUUGUAACGAAUAUUUGCAAAAGGAAAUAUUGUCUGGUUAUUGGCUAUUAAAAAUGAGCAUAAAAUAUGAUCCAGCUAAAGGGGAUUUAAUUUUUGGCAUUAUUGUGUAUUUAUGCAUUAGGUGAUGGGACUUUCAAAGAUCUGAAUUCAUUAGGACAUGAGCUAAAUAAAAGUGCACUAGGGGACAGUUGAUUUCAAUCUAAGAAAAGUUAACACUUGGAAAUUAUAAGAAGUAAAACAAGUACAACUAAAUCAUUUAUUAGUUGUUUUUGGAAGCAGUUUUAUGUAUAAAUAACAAAUGUUUAUAUUUAACUAAAUGUAAGGUACGAAUUAUUACAUAUUAAACUUUCCUUCCCGUUCCUAGUUCUGAAGUAGAUAUAUGUAUAUCUACUGUCACAUUCCAUUAUAUUUUGAAUAUUUAACUCACCUAGUUAAUAACGUUUUUUAUACCAUGUGAACGAUUUGAUAUUUUCAUCCUCAUUUCCCUUUGGCUACAGUUUAUAUUGAGUUAUAUCUGUACAUUCUGGUAAUCUAAAAACCUUAAAAAUAUUCUAAUAGCCUUGAGUGACCAACUUUUUUUUAAAGCACAGAUGUAAUUGUCUAAUGUUCUGAUGGGAACGUAACACUUAUUUUUAUAUAAAGAGAUUGAGUAAACAUUAUAGAAAAAAGUGAGGUUUUUUUUGGUUGUUUUGUGGUAUUCAACCAGCAAGUUGUUUUCUUUCAGAGUUUCCUCCUUUACAGCAUUUUAUUGCAUUUACAAAUGUUUUACAAGGCAAAAGGUGUAACUGGAUAGUUAGCUUAAAACUGUGUCCUGAGAUUUCCACUGGUCAUUCUGCAAAAGCAGGGUAUGUUUGGCUGAGUUACUAAUUUUUUAGCUUAAUCCUGAGUGCUUAUUAUUGACUUAACAAUGAUUACUCAGUUGCAUUUAUUUUUAUUUAAACUGGCCAAAAGCAAAAUUAUUUUAUGUUAAAAUACACUCUAAACUCUCCCAUGAAAGUAUUUAAUCCAACAUUGUGAAUGAAAUAUCUUGUACAUAUAAAUUUAUUUCUUCUGCAGAGCAUUGUAUUACUGGAUGUUUAAUUUACAAAGUAGUUGGAUAAAUGUUCCAACAAAUUGUUUAAAGUACUUCAGGGUGAAAUUGUCUUUUUCCUUUUUUUUUUUAAGUGUUACAUUAAAACUCUAAGCAAGUAAAGGGUUCUUUGAGAACAUUCCCUUCAAGGGAUAUAGUUGAGAAGUGUGCCUUUUUUUAAUGGCCUGAAGUCUCAGAGGUGAUAAAAAUUAAAAUCACACUACCAUUUAAAAGCUCGUUUUCUAUGCAAGUUUUUAAAUGUCGUUUAUGUAUCUUUCUUUUUACAUAUCACACUUGUGUUAGUGUUCUUCUUUUGCCCCAGAUCAAACUGAACAAUGUAUAUAACACUAUCUGUCUGUAAAAUACCUUUUUUUUUUUUUUUAAGAAAGCAUUUAUAUUUAUAUGACAGCUUGAACUGACAACAUUGUGUAUAUAGAUCAUCUUGGAGUAUUAUUUCACAUUGAAAAGAAGAAAACUAUAUUGAUAACUAUAGAUGUUAUGAAGAAGAGGUUAUUUCUAGUUUUGUACUAAAAAUCAAUUGGAUGAACUAAAUCCAAAACGUGACACUGUAGCAGCUCUUUUAAGUCUUAUUUUUACUGUUUAUAUAUUUGAACGCUGCUGCACCAGAUGAUCUCAGUCCCUGAAGUUUCCCACUGAACUCGGUUUCCUGGAAUAGACUGUUAACUUUCAGAAUUACCUUUUAGUGGUGAAGUGGAAGUACUGGUUUUUCUCGUGAACGAAGUUUCAUAUCGUAAGUGCUGAGCGUCUACUUCAGGUUUGAACAAGGUGUGAAUAACUGAAGAAAAUAACUUGCUGGCUGUAUAGGAGAACGCUGUGGAAAUAAACUGUGUAUAUACUUCUGGGAAGAACAAAUUUAAUCAUUUCUUCUGUUAAGCACUAAUCAGUAUAGUGCAACUCCUGGUUCUGUACUGUAUUUUAUAUGCAACAUAUAUGCUUAAAUAUUUUAAUGUUUGUGCAUUAAUAUUUUUGAUUUGUUUAACCACUUUGCUGCUAAGAGUUUGCCAUCCCAUCCCCAUUUUUUCCUUUACAAUUUUAAACAAGUUUCUCCAUUAAAAACUAUGAUGAUGAAAUGAUUUUUAUUUCAUCUUGGAUCUUUAUAGUUAACGCACCAUUUUCCAAAUCAGCCCAGAAGACUAACCGAUAAUGUCGUCUGAAUCCCUGUGUGGAAAUUUUUUCUUGAGUAAAUUAGAGUUCUUACGUGAAAGCAAAUGCUGUCAUCCUUAAACACGUGGUAUAGGUACGUUCUGGGACAUUUUCUUGUUCUCCGUACAGAUUUGGCACUGCCAACUGGCUUUUCCUCAGCCUUUCUCCUCUUUGUUUUUAAUCUGGUAGUAUAAGAAAAGGAGUUCUGGUGCGAAGUGGUUAAGCACUCAGCUGCUAACUGAAAGGUUGGCAGUUUGAACCCACCAGCCACUCCACAGGAGAAAAAUACGGCAGUCUGCUUCUGUAAAGAUUACAGCCUUGGAAACCCCAUGGGGCAGUCCUACUCUGUCCUCUAAGGUGACUAUGAGUCGGAAUCGACUCAAUGGCAGUAGGUAAGUAUAAGCAAAUGACUAGACAAAACCGCUUAAUAGUGAAUAUUCAAAAUGAUAUCAUCUAGAUGACAUAACAAGAAGGACUUUGGUCUGUUCUGAGGCGCUUGUGUUCAGAAUUGAUAACUCUUCAAGGAUAAUUCUGGCUUGGUUUCUGAAGGAAUGUGAGGUAUGGCUCUUUAGCACCCCCUACUGGAUGAUGUAAAGACCAGAGAGAUGAGAUGGCAAUAGGGACCUGACAUGGUUCCUUACUACUACCAGUAAAGGGCUAUUAAGGUGGUGGCCCCCUCCUGCCAGGGACCAGGAAUAAGAAAUAUCUCAAAGGGACUGUAAAUUGAUUCUUUUCCCUAAUGUAUCUUGGUAGCUCAAAGAUUUUAAGCACUUUUUUCUUACAUAUCCUGUUUUAAAAUAUUUAUAGUUAUUUGGAACUGGCAAUCAAACUUAAUGGAUGUGCUGAAGCAUUUAUAGAACCAGUUCUCUCUCUUUUUUUUUUUUUUUUGCAAAAGCCAUUACCAAAAUGGUGUUCCUACUGCUCUUCUUCCCAUUACCAGGCAGGGAGAAUUUUUUAAAUAAUAAACAUAAUCGGUUAUAUUUCAUCAUGACAACUUCAGAGAGAGAGUGUGUGUCUGUUUCCGAGAUGAUGUCAGGGCAGGAGUUAAAAUUUAAAGGGAAAAACUUGAAACUACCUAUUUUCAUUGGUUAUUCAGCAGUGCCUAAAAUGAGCUUUUGAAGUAAUACAAAAUGCACUUUUAAUUCAUGUAUGUAGUGCCAUCUGAUAUCUUGGGUGAGUCUUGCUUUUGCUUUUUCCUUUUUUCCUCACGUAAUUGAAUGGCACAGAGUUUUUUAGUAUCCAUGCACAAAACAUGUACUUUCCUCCAGAUGGACAAUUUAAAGAAUCUUAAGGAUGUUUCUUUUAUUAAAAACUUAUUUAGGUUUGGUGAUUAUGCUUUGAAAUAAGUGUUUAAAGUUGGAUUUUUAAUCUUAGCCCAAAAGUCCAUUAAGCAAGUGUAACAUUUUUCUACAUAAAACAUUAGAAACUUUAGUUACCUAAUGAAAAACAGAUUCUUUACUAAAUAUUAUUCUCAUUCUUGAUUUGAUCUUCAUGGGUCACAUUUCUAAAUAUAAGUGAAAGCACUAGAAACUUGCAUUAUUGUUGCACUACAAAAUAAAAUUGGUUUGUAAAGGAUAAUAACAGUACCAUAAGGUGUUUUUCAGUGAGUCAUACAUAAAAUUCUAAAAUUUAAAAAAAAAAAAAAAAAAAAAAACCUUAGGUGAUUUAUAUAAACCAAAUAAAUAAAAGGGCUUUAAGGUAUUAAGGUACUGUUUGCCUAGCAGCCAGGUGGUUAUAAAACUUUCAUAUGCUUUGGUACACUGAUAAAUGUUAGCCAUUAUUCCUGAAAGCUUCUUAAAUUGCAUAAGUUGUUAGUUUUGAAAAUUUUCAAGAAUAAUCCAGUUGGAAAACCUUUGUAUUAAAGAUACACAUAGAUUUUUGUGGACAUUGCCAGUAUAUAGUGUCAUUUGCUUUCUAUUCUUGACCUCAGAAGUGCCUCACUUGUAUAUUAUUUCCAUUAAAAGCUUGACUGCAUUCUUUCUAAUAAGCAAUGAAAAAUUGUUUAACUCAUGUCAAUGUAUCUUCUUAUGUAUAGUUAACUAGCUUGAUAGUUUUGAGUAUAUAAUAUAAUAUGCAUAUAUAAGUUUGUAACCGUUUUUUGUUACGUCAUACCCAUGUAAUUGGACAUAUCAGAUGAUAUCAUAAGAACUUGUUUUAAUGGUUUUUUUCCCCCUGCAAUUACCUAAUUAAACCUAUCAUGAAAUUUAAAA